GGUUUCUUUUCACGAGUGUUUACCCUAGACACCAACCUACAACUUUUUGGUGUUACCAUACUUUCUUUUUAUCGAUUAUAGACAGCCCAGCUGUUUCUGACAUUCGCACACCGUUUUGUGAGGUUAGGCUUAGCUAGCGUUUGCAAACAAAUCGUUUAGCAUUUGUGUCACAAAAAUUCUUUAAAAUUAAUAAAAGAACAGUAUAAAUAAUUAAAAUAAAAUGGCCACAGAAGAAGAACAAACUCAAGUUGUUUUGCCGGUCAAAGAGCCCCUGGAUUUGAUACGUCUCAGCUUGGAUGAAAAAGUUUACGUUAAAAUGCGUAAUGAACGGGAGCUACGAGGACGUCUACAUGCUUUCGAUCAACAUUUAAACAUGGUGCUAGGUGAUGCUGAAGAGACCGUCACAACAGUUGAAAUCGAUGAAGAAACCUACGAAGAAGUUUACAAAACUACAAAACGAACAAUACCCAUGUUGUUUGUCAGAGGAGAUGGUGUAAUUUUAGUAUCACCACCCAUGAGGGUUGGUUAAUAAUAUGAAAGAGAGUUUUCUAAAUAAAUAUUAAAUGAUUUUAAAUACUCUUA